AUGCUGAGCACCACGACGAUGGAAAAGUUAGCAGACAAACUAAGAGAUGCGUCUUACGUUGAGUUGGCCGGUGUCGGCUUCGUUGCAGUCUCUAUGUUGUAUGCGUGUAGUAAAGCGUUCUCUGGUCCCAAGGAGAAGCGGGUCUAUCCGCCGGGGCCACCAAGAGACCCUCUUAUCGGCAAUUUACGACAGUUUCCAAAGGACAACUGGUGGCAUGUCUUUAGUGCAUGGCAGAAGGAAUACGGGGAUCUCAUCUUCGUGGACCUUCCUGGAAUGCCAUUUAUUGUCGUGAACUCUUUGGAUAUGGCCCACGAAUUAAUGUCAAAACGAGCAAGCGCCAUCGCAGGUCGCAAGGUCGGAUACAUGGCCAAAACUUUGUAC